GAUUGUGGCAUGCUGGGGCCGACGAACGUCAGUUUGCCUUUUGCUGGAUCAUGCCGCUGCUUCUGAGCCAGGCGUUGUUGGCGACGCACCAGCGCUUGGGCUACUACGCACCGUGGCGCAGCUGUCGCCUGUUGCUCUCGACGCUCGACGUCCUCAAGACGGGCCACACGUCGCCGCUUUGUCGCAUGGGCUGCGACGUCUGUGGGCAGACGAUGGACGAGUCCCUCGACGCCACCAACGGCACGCUCGUCCUCCAUCUGCAGAAAGAGUUUGUGUGGCUCCACCAGCUCGCGUUCCAACUGCGCUUUCACGCUGUGACUGCUUUCACAUGCUUGCGCCUCGUGCAGUGUCUCGACCUUCCGAAUGGCCUCGUCGUCGUCCACGAUGCGACGUAUGGCGCCGUGGCCGCAGACUCGGACCACCUCUGGGUCAUCGAGUGGGGCACGCUUCUCUCGAGCGCUGCAGCGGGCAUCGAGCUGUGUCCCGGCGCCGCGGUCUCGGGGCACCUCUUCUAUUUUGACGGCACCACGCUCGUGCUGCACCAGCGCUGCGAGAUCAUGCUCGCCGACGACCCAUCCGACAGCGAGGACCUUGCCGCUGCGGUCGACGACGGACUUGCUAUCGCCCUCCUCGAGCGCCUCCACCAGCAACGUUUCAUGAAAGCGGUGCUGUCGCCUGCGGUCCACCGCGCCGUCGCCAAGCGAUACUGGCCCCUUCUCGACCUCCUCCUCUCGCACGGCGCCAGCAUUGAAGCUGUCGACAAGAACUUUUACACGCCGUUGAGCAAGGCCGUGGCCGAUGGGGACGAAGCCUGCGUCGAGGCGCUCGUGAAGCGGGGCGCAUCACCCUUCAACCUCGCGUCUGGCAUCUCGCCGCUCUUUGCUGCCAUUCAACUCGGCCAUCUCGGUAUCACUCGCCUCCUCGUGGACGUGGACACGCCCAAGGCGCUGCUGCAAUGCGUGCCCGUCGAGCGCCGCGAACUCUUCAACCGGUCGGCGGUCUCGGCGCUCGGCUACGCCUACAUUUGCAACCAGCCAGAGGUCGCGCUGCUGCUCUUGCACGCGGGCGCGUCGCCCUCGACAGACUCUGGCACGACGGUACUUGCGUCUUGCAUUGGCCACGUCGAAAACCCGAUCAAUCGCAUGACGCACGUCUUGGAGCUUCUCGACCGCGGUGCUGCCACCGACAUCCACGUGCGCUCGUCGCUAGAGUCGUCGUCUGGUAUGGACGACACGGCGAUGGUCCGCGCGAUCCAACGUUGCGACUACGACCUCGUGCGCCUUCUGAUCGCUCGCCAGGAUUACAUCCCAGUGACUGCGAAAAUUGCCAUGGAAGAGGCCGCCGCGGCCAUCUCGGACAACGGGCGCAUGCAGCACCUCAUCGGCAGUACCAGCGACAGCGUUACUUGGCUCGAACUCCCCGAGCUUUUUGCAGCGAUCCGAGACGGAGACGUCGCCCGUGUAAAGGAACUGGGCACCUCAGAGGACCUUUGCACGCGCCAGCAAAUCUUUGCGCUGGGGCGACUCCCCACCUGCGUGCGCCCCCUACCCGGGGGCCCUCGAGGGAUUGCCGUGACCGCGCUGAUGUUUGCCUACAUUUCCAACCAGCCCGAGGUCGCACAUGCGCUUCUCGAGGCUGGCGCCCGCGUGUGCAUGGAGGACGGCGAGGGCUCGGCGCUCUACUACUGCCUUGCUUGCGUCGAAGACGAAACCACUUGCAUCGCCCACGUCUUGGAGCUCCUCGAGCGCGGCGCCAGCAGCGACAUCACCAAGGUACAGAGUCGCCAAGAAAUGAGUCUGAGUGGCUUUCUAGGGUGACGUGUCACCGCUGACGUACGCGGAAGACGCCGACAUGUUUUCCAUUGUUGAAAUUCUCUACGCGUACCUCGAGUCGGCCGUACGACGCUGUCUGCCGAGAUUGGCCGAGGCCGCAUGGCUUGGUGAACAUGACAAUGUUUCGCACCCGGCAAACGACACCACUGACGAGAGCGCGACCGCCUUCGGGUCCAUCGAGCAGCACCAUCCCGAUGUGCCAGGCAGCUGCGAUGCUGCAGACGAUAGCGACGUCGAUGAAUGGGAGGUCGUGGAGCAGUACCACUCAUCCUAGCCGUCGUACGAAAGUUGUGACUGCGCUGCUUUCUCCUUCCUCCUCCGCACCCCGGACAACAACGACUGCGUAAAGAUGUGAAAGAAAGAGUAAAAAGGGAAUGAUAUCAGAGAGCUUAGUAUCGUCAAAAUGUGCAACAUAAUCAGACGGCACUUCCAAAUGUAAGC